AUGCCGGCGGUGCGGCUCCGGCUCCGGCUCCGGGCCGGCUGCCUCCUCCUCCUCCUCCUCCUCCUGCUGCAGCUGCUGGGCGGCCGCAGCGCCGCCGCCCUCGGCCGGGACACGGUGCCUUCCCUGCGGAAUAAAGGGAUAUUUAUUAUCCAGAGUGAAAAUUCCAGCUUGUGCAUUAAAGUGGACAGAGCUGGCCUUGUUCUGGAAGACUGUGGUCAGCUCUCAGAAGAGAUGCUCUGGAAAUGGGUAUCCAGCCGUCGGCUUUUCAACAUAGGCAGCAGUACCUGCCUCGGGCUGAACGUCAGCAAACCAGAACAGCCACUGACUAUGCUUGAGUGUGAUUCAACUCAAUACUCCUUAUGGUGGAACUGUGAUGGAAAACAGUUAGUUGGUGUAUCAGAGUACAGAUUAGCAGUUGAAAACAGUAAAUAUAUUGUGGCCAAAAAAAAAUCUACUUGUCAAUGGAAACAGUAUAUGUCCUAUGAUGAAGAUCUUUGUGAACACCCAUUUCAAGAAACAUAUACCUUGCUGGGAAAUUCUUUUGGUUUCCCAUGUGUUUUUCCAUUUAAAUAUAACAACAAGUGGUAUUAUGAGUGUACUAGAGAUGGAAAGGAAUCUGAGUGGUGCGCCACAACAACUCACUAUGAACAAGAUGAAAAAUGGGGGUUUUGCCCAAAUGCUGAGAGAGGCUGUGACAUUUUUUGGAAGAAGAACCCCAACACUCACGUCUGCUACCAGUUCAACCUGGCAUCUGUGCUGAGCUGGCGUGAGGCUCGGGCUGCCUGUCAGCUGCAAGGAGGGGACCUGCUCAGUGUCACCGACCCCGAGGAGCAGAACUACAUUAGUAACUUUAGCAGGCAGUUAAAUUCCACAGACAUGAUGCUGUGGAUGGGCCUGAAUCGCCUGGAUGAAGAUGCUGGUUGGCAGUGGUCAGAUGGAGCACCACUAAUGUUUGUGAACUGGAGAGCAAAUGUCUCUGAUAGUCGUUUUAAAGAAAAUCAUUGUGCAGUGAUUAAUCCAAGAUUGAAGUAUGGCUGGAACAGUUACCUAUGUGAAUCUGGAUUGCCUUUUAUAUGCAAAAAAUAUUUAAAUAAGACAGAGUAUGAAAUGCUGGAUACAUGGAAGUACUAUGCCACUCGUUGUGGCAGUGGUUGGUACCCACACAAUCGCCACUGCUACAGACUUCAUAAAGAGGAGAAGAGCUGGAACGAUGCUUCUCUCUCGUGCCAAAGUGAAAACAGCUGGCUCAUUAGUAUAUCCUCCAUGGCAGAUGAAGAGCUGCUCCUUAACUUGCUUGAAAGUGAAAAUGUAACAGAGGCAUGGAUUGGAUUAUACAGUAAUAACACACCUGUUGUUUUUGAGUGGACAGAUAGCACCCCAGUAAAAUUCUCUAACUGGCACAGACAAGAACCUAACACCUUUCAAAGAACAGGACAACUCUGUGUUUCAGCACAAGGAUCUGAAGGACAUUGGAGGAUUAAAAAAUGUGAAGACAAAUCUUUCUUUAUCUGCAAAAAAGCAGGAGAAUUUAAUAGUGUCUCUCCUGAGCUGGAAUCAAGUUGUCCAGAGGGAUGGGAAAGACAUGGUGGAUAUUGUUACAAAAUCGACACUAGCCCUCGAAGUUUUGAACAUGCUUCCAGUGGUUAUUUCUGCCCAUCUGCACUUGUAUCAGUAACAAACAGGUUUGAACAAGCUUUUAUCAACAGCAUGAUCCACAGCAUGGCAGAAUCUGAGAGAACUUAUAUUUGGAUAGGCUUGCAAGACCUUAACAACACAGGAGAAUACUUUUGGUUAAGUACAGCAGGAAAGAAUCACUCUGUGAGCUACACAAACUGGAGCAAGUACCAGCCACGUCGUUCUGGAGGAUGUGUGGCUUUGCGAGGGCAGCAUCCUGUUGGUUACUGGGAGGUGAAAAGCUGUAAGAACUUCAAAGCAAUGUCAUUGUGCAAGCAAAAAAUCAAUUCUUAUGAAGAACCUGAACUUACUUUUCAAAAAUAUUCAAGUUCCUGCUAUUUUGGAUGGGAGUCGGAACCUAAUCUGCUCAACUGCUACAAGAUAUUUCACAAUGAAAAAGUUCUGAUGAGAAGAACGUGGGAUGAAGCAGAAACGUUGUGUCAAGAUUUUGGAGCCCAUCUUGCUAGUUUUAGCCACAUAUAUGAAGAAAUAUUUUUAAACAAUCUAUUAUAUACAAUUUUUGAUAGAACAGAAGAGAGACAGUUCUGGAUUGGAUUUAAUAAAAGAAAUGCACUUUCUGGAGGGGCAUGGCAGUGGUCUGACAGAACACCUGUUGUAUCUUCGUUUUUGGAGGACAAGUAUGUUGAAGAUGACUCUAGAAACUGUGGUGUGUUCAAAGUAAACAGAACAGUCUUUCCAGCACACUGCAAUGAAAAGCGUGAAUGGAUAUGCAAAAUACCAAAAGGUGUCAAACCAAUGAGUCCAGUUUGGUACACAGCAGAGCUGCCCUGGUCAUAUUAUCAAGGAGCAGAAUAUCUUUUCCAUGUCAGCCCUGCAGAAUGGGAAACCUGUAAGUUUGUCUGUGGCUGGCUUCGUGGUGGAUUGGCAAUUAUGAAUUCUUCUGGUGAACAAACUUUUAUUCAAAAUAAAAUAAGGAAGCUGUCGAGCAGUGAUGUUCACUGGUGGAUUGGAUUGCACGCAGAAAACCUCAGUGAUGAGUUUCGGUGGAGAGAUGAAUCACCAGUAACGUACCAGAACUGGGAUGAAGGGAGGGAAAGAGAGCUGCAGAAACCAGGGAAAAGAUGUGGCUUCAUUUCAUCACAAACAGGACUCUGGGGUGAUGAAAACUGUACUGUUUCACUUCCCUGUAUUUGUAAACGUAAAAUUCCAAAGAAGAUAGAGAAAGAGAUUCCAAAAGACCUGAACCAACAAGGAGCAUGUCCCAAAGGCUGGUUACAUUUUGGAUUUAAGUGCUUUUUAAUACAAAUUCCAAAGGAUCCAGAACAUCUGAGAAACUGGUAUUCUGCACAAGAAUUCUGCAGUAACAAUGAUGGGUCACUUGCUAUCCUGGAAGAUGAACUGGAGCAAGCUUUCAUAACAAUGAAUCUGUAUGGGUGGAAAACCAGUGUUUGGAUAGGUUUCCAGACUGAUGAUUAUGAAAAGCAGUUGAAUGAAAAUCCUCAAAUGUAUUCCAACUGGUCACCAGUUGAAGUAGUGGAUAGAGAGCAUUUUAACAUUCAAGAUCAACUUCCACUGUGUACACUGGUAUCAAAUAACCCUAAUUUUUAUUUUACGGGAAAAUGGUACUUAGAAAACUGUCAGAAAAAUUACGGGUUUGUCUGCCAAAAGACUCAGGACGUAUCCAGACAUGUUAACAAUGCAUCUGAUAUGUAUCCUGUGCCAGACACUUUAGAAUAUGGAAACAGAAUGUAUAAACUAAUAAGUGGGAAUUUUACAUGGUCUUCAGCAUUACAAGCCUGCAUGGCAAACAGUGCAGAGCUGGUGAGCAUUACAGACCAGUACCACCAGGCUUUCCUCACAGUCAUCGUCAGUCGGCUGGGAUACAACCACUGGAUCGGGCUCUUCACUUCCGACAAUGGGCUUAACUUUGAAUGGUCAGAUGGGACCCGGUCUUUGUUCACCUUCUGGGAAGAUGACGAGUCCCAGGCCUUUGGCAGCUGUGUUUACAUUGAUACUUCAGGGCACUGGAAAAGUGCAAAUUGUGAACAAUUUCUGCAAGGAGCAGUUUGCCAUGUGCCACCCAAAAAGAAACUCAAUGCCUAUAAAGGCUUAUGUUCAGAAAAAAAUGUACCCUGGAUCAAAUUCAAAAACAGUUGCUACAGCUUUUCCACAGUUCUGCAGGGCAUGAGUUUUGAUGCAGCAUAUGAGGUCUGCAAAAAUCAAGGAUCAAAUCUUCUGACUAUUCAAGAUGAAGAUGAAAAUGCCUUCAUUUUGGAAGAAUUGCACAGUUUUGGUUAUUCUGUACAAAUGGUUUGGUUGAACAUUCUGCUAGUUACAGACAAUGAGACAGUCUCCUGGUUUGAUGGUUCUCCUUUAAAUUAUUCUAACUGGGGCAUCAGAGAGCCUGAAUUUGAUCAUCUCAAAGGGAAUUUCUGCAUCAGCUUGAGGACCACAGAUGGAGUCUGGCAAUUAUCUCCAUGCAGAGAAAAAAGGGGUUUUGUGUGUAAAAUGGAUGCAGAUACUGAUACAACAGAAUCCUCUGAAAAAGCAUCAUACAGUGGGCUUGUAGCUCUUGCUGUUCUUGUGACGUUGGUGAUGUUGGCUGCCAUUUCCCUUUUCCUGUGGUGCCUGCACAAAGAGAAUAACCAACUCUUCCGCAGGAUACUGUGGGUCAGAAACUCCUAUUUGCCACAGAUUAAUGCUGAUGGUCCUGCUUUGGAAGAAAGUAUCCUCAUUUCUGACUUUGAGAAAAGUGAGAACAAUUAA